AUGCGUGAAAUCGUUCAUCUUCAGGCUGGCCAAUGCGGUAACCAAAUUGGUUCAAAGUUCUGGGAAGUCAUUUCCGACGAACACGGUAUCGAUCCAACUGGUACAUACCAUGGCGAUUCUGAUCUUCAACUUGAACGCAUCAACGUUUACUAUAACGAAGCAGCUGCUGAAUCUAACAUGAAUGAUUUGGUUAGCGAAUACCAACAAUAUCAAGAUGCAACAGCUGAAGAAGAGGGCGAAGGCUUGGAAGGUGAAGAAGAGCAAGAGUAA